ACUGCAGCAAAUUCUUUCCCGCUCUCUACUUCGCUCUUCUUCUCAACCCCUAACCAUGAGUUCCCCCCACGACGACGAAGAUCCGAAGCUCCCUCACGAUGUCGCCGUUGAGGUCCUGAAGCGAUUGCCGGUGGAAUCUCUCCUCCGAUUCAGGUGUGUGUGCCGUUCAUGGCGUUCCGCCAUCGACGACCCUCGUUUCGUGGUCCUCCACUUGACCUACUCUGCUCCCGAUGCCUCCUAUUGGUAUCUCGUGUCUCUAGAUUGGAAUUUGGAUACAGUGACAGGAUUAAUGACUACAAGGCUAUUAAUAAUUACUUGUUUUCCUAAUAAAUAUGGAGGAUGCAAGGGCGAAUUAGUCACUGAUAUUUAUACCCUUAGUACAAAUUUGUGGCGGACUGUCAAUUUCAAUUUCGGGUGCAAGCUGAGCGACGGCUCGAGGGUCUCUUUCAAUGGAAAUUUGGAAUGGAAAUCGAUUGGUUUCGAUGAAGAUCGCUGCUGGUGUUAUGGAUCGAUGAUCACAUCUGUGGUAGUGCAUGAGGCCUUUGACAAAAUGACGUUGCCGAAGACUUGUUUCGCUUGAUCCAUGGAACUAGAAGCAUUAACCACUGGUUUGGGCAUGAACGCCCAGGCAAUGCACGAACCGGCUUCUGUUUUUGUUCUGGUUACAGGGCAUUCACGUGAGAAUCUUUACCUGAUGAUGCUAGUUAGUGAACAAAUAGAUCAUACUCGUGCGUCUUUACUUGAUGAUGCUAUUUUUUUGUAAAAAAUAGAUCAUACUCCUAGGCACGAACAUACUAGUAAUUGGGGGUGUUAGCGGGUUGAUUCGGUUCAGAUAUCAACCAAUACUCAAAUCCUGAACCGACUCAAACAUGAAUGAUAUAUAUUGUUUAUGACCCGGCCUGAGA